CUAGUUUCUCAGUCUCCGUCCUCUGCCUCCCCUCCCCCAGAUCCCUAUCCCCACCGCAUUGCGCUUUUCUCUCUUCUUUCCCCCUAGUGGGCAGGGCAAUGAGCUUCUGCUUCCUGCUCUGAAUUCAUUCCCAUACAGUCUUGUUUCAAACCCAAUUUCUCGUUCCUCUGUUUUUACUCGUACCUUCAAACACACCAGACUCUGUUUUAUCUUCAAUUAUCAUGACCCAGCUCGCAAAAUUCAUUCCCCUGUCUCCUUUUCUCCUUUUUCUAUGCUUACCACUUGCUCUUGCCGCUCAUGACUACGGCCAGGCUCUGAGCAAGAGCAUUAUCUUCUAUGAAGCUCAGAGAUCUGGCAUUCUCCCCCACAGCCAGAGAGUGACAUGGAGGGGUCAUUCUGGUUUGCACGACGGCAAGGCAAGUGGGGUAGAUCUAGUUGGCGGGUACUAUGAUGCAGGGGACAAUGUGAAGUUUGGUUUGCCCAUGGCAUUCACAGUUACAAUGAUGUCGUGGAGCGUGAUAGAGUAUGGCAAGCAAAUGGCUGCAAACGGCGAGCUUGGCCAUGCCAUGGAUGCUAUAAAGUGGGGUACUGACUACUUCAUCAAAGCCCACCCUGAACCUAAUGUUCUCUACGGAGAGGUGGGAGACGGUAACAGUGACCAUUACUGUUGGCAAAGACCGGAGGACAUGACCACCGACCGGAGGGCCUACAAGAUCGACUCCAGGAAUCCCGGGUCGGAUCUCGCCGGAGAAUCAGCCGCCGCCAUGGCCGCCGCAUCCAUUGUCUUCCGACGCUCGAAUCCUUCUUACGCCGCCGAGCUGCUUCGCCAUGCCUACCAGCUGUUUGACUUUGCGGACAAAUACAGAGGCAAGUACGACAGCAGCAUCAAUGUGGCCCAAAAGUAUUACCGAUCUAUCAGUGGCUACAACGACGAAUUACUGUGGGCUGCUGCAUGGUUGUACCAAGCAAGUAACAAGAAGUAUUACUUGGAUUACCUCGGAAGAAAUGGUGAUUCCAUGGGUGGAACUGGUUGGUCCAUGAAUGAAUUUGGAUGGGACGUCAAGUAUGCUGGGGUUCAGACUCUAGUUGCCAAGUUCUUGAUGCAAGGCAGAGCCGGUCAUAAUGCAGUAGUGUUUGAGAAAUACCAACAGAAAGCAGAGAACUUCAUGUGCUCAUGCCUUGGAAAGGGCACUCGCAACAUGCAGAAGACACCCGGUGGUCUGAUUUUCCGGCAGAGAUGGAACAACAUGCAGUUUGUGACAAGCGCCUCCUUCUUAGCCACUGUUUACUCAGACUACCUGGCAUCUUCCGGCAGAUACUUGAGAUGUCCUUCCGGCAAUGUCCCUCCAACUCAGCUUCUGUCCCUGGCCAAAUCUCAGGUUGACUACAUUCUCGGAGACAACCCAAGAGGCACCAGUUACAUGGUGGGCUAUGGAACCACCUUCCCUCAAAGGGUUCACCACAGGGCCUCCUCCAUUGUGUCCUUUAAGGUUAAUCCUACAUUUGUCACAUGCCGUGGAGGUUAUGCCACUUGGUUUAGCAGGAAAGCAAGCGACCCCAAUCUGCUUGUUGGUGCACUUGUUGGUGGACCUGAUGCUUAUGACAACUUUGCUGAUGAAAGAGAUAAUUAUGAGCAAACAGAGCCUGCCACCUACAACAAUGCUCCUCUCAUUGGUAUCCUAGCCCGUUUGAGUGCUGGCCAUGGUUCCUAUAACCAGCUACUUCCAGUUGCUCUUCCAGCUCCUAAACCUGUCAUCACCAAACCACAACCAGCUCCCAAACCUAAGGUCACUCCAGCUCCAGCUUCAUCUUCAGGUCCAAUUUCGAUUCAACAGAAGAUGACCACUUCAUGGGUUGCCAGUGGAAGAACUUACUCCAGGUACUCAACUGUGGUGACCAACACAACUCCCAAAACUCUCAAGUCUCUCAACCUCUCGAUAUCCAAGCUUUAUGGUCCAAUCUGGGGCCUCACAAAGUCAGGUGAUUCCUACACUUUCCCAUCAUGGCUCAACUCUCUAUCAGCUGGUAAGAGCCUCGAGUUCGUCUACAUUCAUGCCGCUUCUGCAGCAGACGUCUCUGUUGCCAACUACAUGCUGGCGUGAAAGACACCAACUUCUUCAAAGUGAGGCUGUUAUAGCUUCUAUGGUGUGGUGUAAGAAUUGUGCAGCUAUACGAAAAGUGCAGUGAGGAGGAGCUCUUCUCGUUUUCGCUUUCCUUUUCGGGCCAAGUUUUCGUCUUCACUUGUUUCUGUUGCAUUCUACUAGGAAGCUAGAGCAUAUUAUCUUUAGGUCAAAUAAGAUGUAAGGUCUGGAGAAGAAAGGAGUGAAGAGACAACAAGAAAAGUGCUCAUCCUCUUUCUCCUCCAUCUCACAGCUUAUAUAGAGUGAGCGAUACAAGAAAAGAGACAGCGACAGAAGGGUGUUGAGAAGUGAAGAAAAGAACCGAACUUCUCAAUAUUUCAAGGCGCCAUUACUUGUAUUCUUAAACAGCUUUGUAUUGUCUUUUUGGGUCGUGAUGUUGUAAGCUUUGCAACAUUUUUUUUACUUUUUAUGAAAAUAGUUUGUGCAUUGCAUUUUUA